CGACGGUUACAUGGGUUCACAGUAUUUGGGUUUCCAGCCAACUGUCUGCUGCCGAGUGUUGGUGGGGGCUCGGCUGAACCGGUUCACAUUUUAAAACCUUGGGGGCUGUCUGAACGGCGUAGAGAGCCAUGUCUCCAUCAGUCCCCCUCCAGGAGAUGAUACGGGCCAUUAGGUCUGCCAGGACGCAGUGCGAGGAGCGCGGCGUCAUCCAGAGGGAGUGUGCCGCCAUCCGGGCUCAGUUCAGACAAUCGGACAACGGUAGUCGAUCACACAACCUGGCCAAGCUGCUCUACGUGCACAUGCUGGGCUACCCCGCUCACUUUGGUCAGAUGGAGUGUGUUCGGAUGAUAGCCAGCCCUCGCUACAGUGAGAAGCGUGUGGGGUACCUGGGAGCCAUGAUGCUGCUGGAUGAGAAGCAGGAUGCCAGUUUGCUCAUCACCAACUCCAUCAAGAAUGACCUCUCUCACAGUAAUCAGUACGUGCAGUCUCUGGCUCUGUGCACACUGGCCUGCAUGGGUUCAGCUGAGAUGUGCAGAGAUCUGGCGCCAGAGAUCGACCGUCUGCUCCGAGCCUCCAACUCCUACAUCAAAAAGAAGGCUGCUCUCUGUGCGGUUCAUAUUGUGAGGAAAGUCAACGAGCUCGGGGAGCUCUUCGCCCCAGCAGCUCGAUCCCUCCUCUCAGAGAAAAACCACGGUGUGUUACAUGGUGCUGUGGUGCUCAUCACUGAGCUGUGUGAGAGGAAUCCAGAGACUCUGGAGCGCUUCAGAAAGACAGUACCAGAUCUGGUUCAGAUCAUGAAGGGUUUGGUCAUCUCGGGUUAUUCUCCAGAGCAUGACGUUGCAGGAAUCAGUGAUCCCUUCCUACAGGUUCGCAUCUUGAGGUUGCUGAGGAUUCUGGGCCGCAACAAUGAACCAGCCAGUGAUGCCAUGAAUGACCUACUAGCUCAGGUGGCAACUAAUACAGACAGCACAAAGACUGUUGGUAAUGCUGUGCUGUACGAGACAGUUCUCACUGUGUUAGACAUCAAGUCAGAGAGCGGCCUCAGGGUUUUGGCUGUGAACAUUCUGGGAAGAUUUCUCCUGAACAAUGACAGAAACAUUCGGUACAUUGCCAUGAUCUCUCUUCAGAAGAUUGUUGGGACAGACCACAAUGCAGUGCAGCGCCACAGGGGGACUAUCGUGGACUGCCUGAAGGACCAGGAUGCAUCCGUCAAACGUCGUGCGUUGGAUCUCUCCUUGGCGUUGGUGUCAGCCUCCAACAUCCGCUCCAUGAUGAAGGAGCUGCUACUCUUCCUCUCCUCCUGUCCUCCUGAGCUCCGCUCUCAGGCUGCCAGCGGUAUAUUCAAUGCUGCAGAGAGGUAUGCUCCCUCCCAGCGCUGGCACAUUGACACCAUCCUGCAUGUCCUCACCACGGCAGGGGGCGACGUGAGGGACGAGACAGUCCCAAACUUGAUCCAGCUCAUCACCAACGCCUCAGAGCUGCACUGUUACACCGUCCAUAAACUGUACAGAGCUCUACUGACUGACAUCUCCCAGCAAUCCCUGGUGCAGGUGGCGUGUUGGUGUAUAGGAGAGUACGGAGACCUGCUGCUAAGAGGAGAGUGUCAGGAGACUGAACCCGUUCAGGUCACUGAAGAUGAUGUCUUGGACGCCUUGGAAACCGUCCUGCAGUCCCACAUGUCGUCCCCGACAACCAGAGGCUUCGCUCUUACGGCCACCAUGAAACUGAGCACACGCAUCACUGAUAAUGUGGACCGGAUCAGAAGCAUCGUCAGCAUCUACGGCAGCUGUAUAGACGUGGAGCUCCAGCAGAGGGCAGUUGAAUACAAUGCUCUGUUCAAGAAAUAUGACCACAUGAGGGCAGCCGUGCUAGAGAGGAUGCCUGUGAUUGAGAAAAACUCUCCUGGUCACACUAACGGAGAGUCAGCGGGGGAGAACGUCAAGGAAACUCAAUUAGCUAAAUUCAAACAGGGAGAAACACUGCUGCCUCCUCAACCUGCAAACCAGGUGUGUGAUCUGUUAGACCUGCUCGGAAGCUCUGAGGAAACUCUACAGCCUAGCCCAGCAGUGAGUGGUCCAGUACCCGGCCUUCCUGCUAAUACUGCUGGAGGAGACCUACUGGAUCUGCUGGGGGGGUUAGAGCCUGCACCAGUCGCACCAGCUCCCACAGUGUCAGUGUACGAUAAAGACGGUGUGACUCUGACACUCAGUUGUGAGAAACAGUCAGAUUCUGGCCUGACAGUCACACUAACAGCCUCCAACUCCACAGACUCAGACAUUAGCAGCUUCACCCUGCAGGCUGCCGUACCCAAGAGUGUCCAGUUACACAUGAAGGCCCCGAGUGGAGACUCUCUUCCUGCUCGAGGUGCAGCUAAAGUGACACAGAUGGUCAUGCUGAACAACCCUAACAAGGUGAGCCUGAAGAUGAGGAUCCGCAUAUCUUACACCAGACAGGGCUCAGCCUUUCAGGACACGGUUCAGAUUGACUCCUUCCCCGGACUAGGUGCUGCGGGACACUGACAGCAGCCUGUCAGUCUAACCGGACUAUGAUGGCGGUCAGUGGAUGAGUCAGCAGACACCAUCAAGUCUUUGUUUGGCUCUGACACACCAACACUACAGUCCACGCUGCUGUUUCUUUCUCAAAUUCACGAUUUUAUUCUCGUUUCUCGACUGGAGAACACUCGUCUUUCAACGGAAAUCAUCACAGCCUCACGCAGUUUGCUCCUCUUGAUUCCAGGUGUUGAUGGGAGCAAUGAUGGCGUUGUUUUAAACAUGGCAAAGCUUGAAGAAAUGCUGGUCUAAGAUGUAAAAUGUGAUACAUAUCUGGUAUUUUUGCAAUGAAAUCUGUCAGGAGAAAGUUUUACACCCAGGGAUUUUUAACAGCUGCUUUUUUAACUUUUCACUCCAUUCAUAUUUACCAUCAGGGUUCCUGACACUCAGAUUGAGCCACUAGAUCAUUUUUUUCCUUAUAUUUUUUACAUCCAGUGAAACAGUCUCUUUAAUGAAAUACAGUUAGAUCUGUAUUUGGACAGUAACACUUUUUUUUUUAUCAUUUUGCAUCUUUUUACUUUACUACUUGCUUCUAAACUAUCAACAUGUGACUGAACUGUAGACUUUCAGCUUUGAUUUAAGGGGUUUUAUCCAAGUAAAAGCAUUUAAAAAGCCAUUUUAUUCAAAGCUUUGUUAUUAGGAGCUUGAAAAUAUUCUGAGUUUGCUCCCUAGAGAUCCUUUUCCAACCUUUACUGUAGCUGCUUCCACUUUCUGCAUGUUUAUGAGUCUUUCUGCCCUCAGUUUUGUCUUCAGGAACUGAAAAUCAUGCUCUCUUGGGUUAAGCCAUUGCAGAAUAGACCAUGUCUUUGCCUUCAGAAGCUCUUGGGUUGCUGUUUCAGUAUGUUUUGAGUCAUAAUCGAUCUUCACUACAAAGCACGGGUAAUUAACUGGUGGGUCGGUACCCAGAAGUGGAGCUGUUUCCAGUGGUCACGGCCUGGUGCCUGGAAAAAGAAUUAUGGGAAAGUAUUAAGGCAUUUGUUUUACUCUGAUUUGCUGGAGAAGGGAGAGAUUCUUGUCGUUUUCUAAAGAUCUUGACUUUUUCAUCCUGUUAUCGAAGGGGGCUUUCACACCUGUGUUGUUUGAUCUGGACUUUCAGAUUUCUCAGUCCAGUCUGGAUAAAUGAUAGGUAUGAAACCAGUGUCUUGACAUAAGGAGGGAAGCAACCACGCCUGGUCAUGAAACGGCUCCUUAGAUUGUUUUCCAAAUACUUCUGAGCCUUUUUUAAUGGAGGCACUUUAAAUGAAAUGGUUGUAAUUCCUUAAUUUUAAAAGCCAUAUUUUUGUGAAACCCCUUCAAUGAAAGCUGAAAAUCAUCAUUUCAGACACAUAUUGUUUCAUUUCAAAUCCAUUGUGGCAGUAAAAAGGAGCAAACUCAAGGAAAAUGGUGUCUCUGUCCUAAUACUUACAGAACUAACCUAUUUUUCCUUCAUUAUGUCACUUAAAUAUUUUGCUAAACACUCACAAAUGAGCUGCUACUCCUUUUUUUAGUUUUAUCGUCGUUAUUUUAAGGGAAAACACUACCACUGCAGCAUGUAGGAUUUCAACUUUAAGUUAAAAUCUCAGAUACUUUGAUAUUUUGUAAUAGUUUCCUUAAGUCACAGAUCAAUGCUAUCAAUAGAUAUAAAAACUGUGUUUGAUAAAGCAGGUAUGCAGAAGAAGCAUUGGCCCUUCUUAAAUUGCAAAGAAACUACUUCAUACAGUCAGAUUUGCACAAAACAUUGUCAAAAAGCUGCUGAUGUUUUUGUGUAAUUUAGACCAGUGGUUCUCAGUUGGUGGGCCAGGACCCAAAAGUGGGACACGAACUGGUUUCAGAAAAAAAAGGCAAAAAGGCAAAAUAUCUCUGAUAUUGAAGUGCUAGGCAAACAUCUAUCCAUAUGCUUCAUUUUGCAGGAAAAUUAGUAAAUUUUGACUGUUUUCUUGAGAUUUUCACUUAUUUAUCCUGUUAUCUUGGAUGGAAAUAUUUUGAAGUAAGUUAGUUUUUAUAUGAUAAUUUGUAAAUGUCUUGUCACCUUUCAAAAAUCAACCAUAAUGUGUUAUAAUGGUAAAACAUAGUGAAAUAAAAUGUUUGCAUGCAUGUCCUUCUAAAGUUCCGUCCAAGGUCCAAAUUUCAGCAUUUUUUGUUUAAUUAAUUUAAUAAAAAUCUGAAUUUUGGGGCCCUACUUCACAUUACAGUAGGUAGUGGGUCCCAUGACUGGACCAGUUGAGAACCACUGAUUUAGACAGUGUGUUGGAGUUCAAAAAACAAAAAGAAAUUGCACAGUUUCAGGUGAUUAACACCUCCAUUUUGUUUCAGUUAUAGAAAAAAAAUGCAUCAGUUUAGUUUUAGUUCUACUCUAGUAAUAUCAAAGUUUAAAUUCCAGUAUCAGGACAACCCUCCAAUCUUGUGUGUUGCAUUCACUUGUCUUCAGUCGUCCCUGUUUUUCAUUCCUCAUUCAGCUGAACCUCCUUAGUAAUUCCCCUGUGCCUUUCAUCCUUUGAAGAUUUGCGGGUUUAUGGAAAAAAUGCAAUUCUAUAUAGUUUUCAAGGCAGAGAAAUGGUUUUAAAUGUAAGUGAUGUUGUUUUAAAGUGUUUCUAUCACUCCCAUUGAUCAGGUUCACCUUGCCUGCUGUUUACAGAGGCUUCUGACUUAUUUUAUUUUAUGAAGACUGUAUAAAAUAAGAGAAAUGGACAUGGUGGUGUCUGAAGUUGUAUAUUUUACCUGAUAAGCACAAUAAGAAGAGAUCUCUUAUACAACCCUUUGUUGUAGAAGGAUGAUAAAAUGAGCUGUAAAAAGUGUCAGCUUUAUUGUUGAUUCAUCUCUUAACCAUGGAGCUCUUUAAAAAAAAAACUCUGGAUAAUGUUAGCAAUGGUGCUCCAUAUGGACUCAGUGUAAGUUCAGACUGUUUCAGAUCACUACAUGAACUAAAAAGUCAAGAAUAUUAUGUCAGGUGUCUUUAAAUCUGCAGUUUCAUGUCAUUUUCUAAUAAAAAUCAGUUUUCAGGAUCCUCA